AUGGGUACCUUGCCGCAGCUGGCCGUAGUCAAGGGAAAACUGUGUCCUCUGCAACCGACCUUACUCCAUCGCACCUUUGAAUCGAACGUUGACAAAUUCUGUGGCACCGAUACGGCACUCAUCUACAACGACGAUGUACGUGGUGAGGUGCAGAUCAACUACAAUGUGCUCAACUCGACGGCGAACCGUUUGGCCUCGGCCAUGCUGAAUCGCAUCAAGGAUCACUUCCGUUCGCCGCCGAACACCGACGGUGACUACAUCGUAGCCGUGUGCAUGUCACCGACCGAUCGUCUCGUAACGACGCUGCUUGCGAUUUGGAAGGCGGGUGCCGCCUAUCUGCCCAUCGAUCCAACCUUUCCGCCGAAUCGCAUUCAGCACAUCUUGGGUGAAGCGAAACCGGCACUGGUUGUGUACGACGACGAUUACGACAAUGCGGCCAUCUUCGGGAAGACACCCGCCAUCAGCUAUGCGGAGGUGCGCAAACGUGCCAGCGACCUGAGCAACGCCAACAUCCGACCGGAAGCGAUGCUCGGAAAGGGUGACUCACAACUGGCCCUGGUGCUGUAUACCUCUGGCAGUACCGGAGUACCGAAAGGCGUUCGCCUUAACCAUGAGACCAUCCUGAACCGGCUCGAAUGGCAGUGGAGUCGCUUCCCGUACGCUUCGACGGAACGCAUCGGUGUGUUCAAGACGGCCCUUACGUUCGUCGAUUCGGUCACCGAGAUAUGGGGCCCAUUGCUGAACGGAAUGGCCAUUGUGGUAGUGCCCAAAAAGAUUACCAACAACCCCGAAAAGCUCGUCGAGCUGUUGGAGCGUUACCGUAUCGAGCGGCUGGUCCUAGUGCCGACGCUGCUCCGUUCGCUGCUGCUCUAUUUGCCACUGCAGCAGAAACAGCCGGUGCAGUCGGGUGCAAAACUGCUUUACAGCCUGCGCAUCUGGGUGUGUUCCGGCGAACCGUUGCAGAUUUCGCUGGCUCGCGAGUUCUUCGAUUACUUCCAGGAGGGUAUGCACCAGCUGUGCAACUUCUACGGCUCGACCGAGGUGAUGGGUGACGUGACGUACUUCGUGUGUGAGUCGAAGAAGCAGCUGGAAGCGUACGAGAAGGUCCCAAUCGGUUACCCGCUCGACAAUACCACCAUUUACAUUAUGAGCCCAGAUCUGCGCCCGGUGCGGACAGAGGAAAUCGGCGAACUGUACGUGGCCGGGUUGAAUCUGGCGGAAGGGUAUGUUAAUGGGCGCGAUCCGGACCGAUUCAUCGACAACCCGUUGGCAAUCGAUCCUUCCUUCGGGCGGCUGUACAAGACCGGUGAUUAUGCCUCGGUCAGCAAGGGAUGCGUGUACUAUCAGGGGCGCACGGACUCCCAAAUCAAGAUCCGCGGCCAUCGGGUGGAUCUGUCGGAAGUGGAGGCGAAUCUGCUCGGGCUAGACGGUGUAGAUAAGGGUAUCGUGCUUUGCCAUCAUGCCGGUGAGAUCGAUCAGGCACUGCUGGGAUUCGUGACACUGGAAAAGGAUACCCAUUUCCAGACGGGACUGCAGGUGGAGGCAGCCCUUGGUGACAAGCUUGCCCACUAUAUGAUGCCUCAGGUCAUUCUGCUCGAUAGCAUUCCCUUACUCGUAAACGGCAAAAUCGAUCGUCAAACGUUGUUGAAGAUGUACGAGAGCACCAACAAUAAUGAUGACACACAGAUAGAGAUCGAGUACGAUUAUUCUAAUGUUCCGGCGAGUCAAAUGACCGCUGCAAAGGAUCUUUUCGAAACAGUCGGUCAAGUGAUCGGUCGUUCGACACGGGCCAAAAUUUGCUUGACCAGCAACUUCUACGAACUCGGUGGUAACUCGCUCAACUCGAUCAUCACCGUGACGCAGCUGUGUGGUAAAGGAUAUCCGGUGAGUAUUACCACGUUUAUCGGAGCUAAAAACUUGGGCGAAAUUUUGGACAAAAUAUGUGCCGACGAACGUGAACUGCAACACCACCAGAUCGAAGCCAAUGGCAAUGGAAAUGCGGAAAGUGAUUUUGAUUACCGUAUGCAGCUGACGGCAUUCCCACUGGCACUCGAACACAAACAUGACACGAUCAACAUCAUUACUUCAAGCUUCUUCGAAAAGGCAGACCUGGAACAGUGGCUUAAACCGCAGAUCUACGAAACUGACUAUCGGGACAUCCUGGAAGAUAUCUGGACGGUUCUCAUCGAGAAGGGACUGAGCUUCAUCGUCAAGGAUGAAACCGGUCGCUCGGUAGGUGUUUCACUGAACUUUGAUGCGCACGAUGAACCCGAGGUGACCGUCACCAGCAAACUGAUUAUUGUGUUCGAAUUCUUGGAAUUUGUCGAAGGACCCAUCCGAGAUAGUCAACUGCCCACUGGCAAGAACCAGAUACUGCACUCCUUCAUGAUGGGUACCUGCGCGGAGCUGUCCGCUCAGGAAAAUAUUGAGGCUAUGCACUUCAUGGAGAGUGAGGUGUUGAAGUUGGCGAAGCGUAGAAACUUUGCUGGAAUUUUCACCACCAACACGAACCCGCUCACACAACAGCUCGGCUCGAACGUGUACAAUUACAAAACGAUGCUGGACUAUCAGGUCAACCAGUUCGUGUACAGUGCGGACAGUUCGAGACCGUUCGCAGCGGCUCCGGACAGUCAACGCGCCGUAGUACACUGGAAGGACAUUCGAUGUUGA